GCUACCUUGACGCUGUAUGUAGCCGCCAUGUGAGACUGGCAUCGUUUCCACACUGCCGUGGCUGCCGAGCAGUGUGGACCUAUUUCUGGGUACUCCCACGACAUUAUUUUCUCGUUAAUUUGACCAGUCGGGUGAAUGUUGAUUUGAUCAUUCAGAUUUCGAUCGCUCAGAAGAAGUGACCUCUCUUCGUUUAUGCCGAACAGUAUUUAGUUGAUUUUUUGCGUUUUCAGCAUCCGGAAACAUCCAGCUGCCGGCGUGUUCUUCACGUGGGUCUUCUCCAGCUAAUCUUUCAGCGCCAGUUCACACAGAGAGAAAGGCAUCCGUCAAAAAGCAAUUGAAGGUCUUUCGGUGUUUGUAGAUCCAACCAAAUUAUUUGCCUUACGUUAUUACGCUCUACACUAGAGCAUUUAACUAUGUCGGAGAAAAUGGCAUCCUUGAUCUUAGAGGACGGGACCACGUUCGAAGGCCGCCUUUUUGGGGCUGUUACAUCAGUAUCUGGUGAAGUUGUGUUUCAGACGGGCAUGGUGGGCUACCCAGAGGCCCUCACUGACCCCUCCUACAGAUGCCAGAUCCUGACGCUCACCUACCCCCUCAUCGGCAACUACGGCAUCCCCAAGGAUGAGGAGGGCGACUUUGGACUCAGCAAGUGGUUUGAGUCGUCCAAGAUCCACGCGUCGGCUCUCAUCAUAGGCGAGCUGUCGGAGAGCCCCAGCCACUGGAGCGCGGCCAUGUCUCUGGACCAGUGGCUCAAGGAGCAGGGCAUCCCCGGCCUGGAGGGGGUGGACACGCGUCGGCUGACCAAGAAGCUCCGUGAGCGGGGCAGCAUGCUGGGUAAGCUGGUGGUGGAGGGCACCGCUGCAGACGCCGUCCCCUUCGACAACCCCGACACACGCAACCUGGUCCAGGAGGUCUCCAUGAAGGAGCCGAGGGUGUUUAACCCAGAGGGUGCCGUGAGAAUCGUGGCGCUGGACUGUGGCAUCAAGUAUAACCAGAUCCGCUGCCUGUGCCAGAGGGGGGCCCAAGUCACUGUGGUGCCCUGGGACCACCCGCUCGACAACAACGACUUCGACGGCGUGUUCAUCAGUAACGGUCCGGGGAACCCAGAGUUCUGCAGCACCACGGUGGAGAACCUGAGGAGAGUGGUGUGUGUGGAGAACCCCAAACCUGUCUUCGGAAUCUGCCUCGGGCACCAGCUUCUCUCCCUUGUCAUCGGCGCCAAGACGUACAAGAUGAAGUACGGUAACCGUGGCCACAACCAGCCGUGCAUCCACAAGGGCACGGGCCGCUGCUACAUCACCUCCCAGAACCACGGGUUCGCCGUGGACCCCCUGACGCUACCCGAGGGCUGGGACGUCCUCUUCACCAAUGCCAACGACCAGAGCAGCGAAGGCAUCGUGCACAACACCAAGCCACUCUUCAGUGUGCAGUUCCACCCGGAGCACAUGGCGGGUCCCACCGACCUGGUCGGCCUCUUCGACGUCUUCCUGGACACAGUCAAGGACUUCAAGGAGGGCAAGGGUGGCAAACCAGUGAAGGAGAGGCUGACGGAGCACCUGGCGUUCCCGGACUCCCCCAGGCCCGAGGAGUUUGUGCGGCCCCACAAGGUGCUGAUCCUGGGCUCCGGAGGCCUCUCCAUCGGCCAGGCUGGGGAGUUCGACUACUCCGGCUCUCAGGCCAUCAAGGCGCUGAAGGAGGAGGGCGUGCAGACGGUGCUCAUCAACCCCAACAUCGCCACCGUGCAGACCUCCAAGGGACUGGCAGACAAGGUCUACUUCCUGCCCAUCACCCCGGAGUACGUCACUCAGGUGAUCAAGAACGAGCGUCCGGACGGCGUGCUGCUGACGUUCGGGGGCCAGACGGCGCUGAACUGCGGCGUGGAGCUGACCAAGCGCGGCGUGCUGGAGAAGUACCAGGUGCGCGUGCUGGGCACGCCCGUGUCCUCCAUCGAGAUGACGGAGGACCGCAAGGUGUUCGUGGAGAAGAUGGAGGAGAUCAACGAGCACGUCGCACCCAGCGAGGCCGCGCUCUCCCUCGAGCAGGCUAUAUCGGCGGCUGAGAGGCUGGGUUACCCCGUGCUGGUGCGCUCGGCGUUCGCUCUGGGCGGCCUGGGCUCCGGCUUCGCCAACAACCGCGAGGAGAUGACGUCGCUGGUCACGCAGGCCUUCGCCCACACCUCGCAGGUGCUGGUGGACAAGUCGCUCAAGGGCUGGAAGGAGAUCGAGUACGAAGUGGUGCGGGACGCCUACGACAACUGCAUCACGGUGUGUAACAUGGAGAACAUCGACCCGCUUGGUAUCCACACUGGGGAGUCCAUCGUGGUGGCGCCCAGUCAGACGCUCAACGACUACGAGUACAACAUGCUGCGCAACACGGCCAUCAAGGUCAUCCGCCACCUGGGCAUCGUGGGGGAGUGCAACAUCCAGUACGCGCUCAACCCUGAGUCCGAACAGUACUACAUCAUUGAGGUGAAUGCGCGCCUGUCUCGGAGCUCGGCCCUGGCCAGCAAGGCGACUGGGUACCCGCUGGCCUACGUGGCUGCCAAGCUGGGCCUGGGCAUCCCUCUCCCGACCCUCAAGAACUCGGUCACCAACUCCACCACGGCCAACUUCGAGCCCAGUCUGGACUACUGUGUGGUGAAGGUGCCGCGCUGGGACCUCAGCAAGUUCCUCCGGGUCAGCACCAAGAUCGGCAGCUCCAUGAAGAGCGUGGGUGAGGUGAUGGCCAUCGGGCGAAGUUUCGAGGAGGCCUUCCAGAAAGCUUUGAGGAUGGUGGACGAGAACUGUGUGGGCUUCGACCACCAGAUCAAGCCAGCCUCUGACCAGGAGCUGCAGACGCCCACAGACAAGCGCAUCUUCGUGCUGGCGGCGGCGCUGCGCGCGGGCUACACAGUGGACCGGCUGUACGAGCUCACCAAGAUCGACCGCUGGUUCCUGCACAAGAUGAAGAACAUCACGGACCACGGGCGGCUGCUGGAGGCCUACAACCAGGACGAGAGCGCCAUGCCCAAGGAGGUCAUGAGGAAGGCCAAGCAGCUGGGCUUCUCCGACAAGCAGAUCGCGCUGGCCGUGCAGAGCACGGAGCUGGCGGUCCGCAAGCUGCGUCGCGAUUGGUCCAUCCUGCCGGUGGUGAAGCAGAUCGACACGGUGGCGGCGGAGUGGCCGGCCCACACCAACUACCUGUAUCUGACGUACCAUGGCGACGAGAGCGACCUGGCCUUCGCCACGCCGCACGUCAUGGUGCUGGGCUCCGGCGUCUACCGCAUCGGUAGCAGCGUGGAGUUCGACUGGUGCGCCGUCGGAUGCAUCAUGCAGCUGCGCAAGAUGGGCUACCAGACGAUCAUGCUGAACUACAAUCCGGAGACGGUCAGCACGGACUAUGACAUGUGCAACAGACUCUACUUUGACGAGAUCUCCUUUGAGGUGGUGAUGGACAUCUAUGAGCUGGAGAACCCCGAGGGCAUCAUCCUGUGCAUGGGCGGCCAGCUGCCCAACAACAUCGCCAUGUCCCUGCACCGCCAGCAGUGCCGCAUCCUGGGCACCUCGCCCGAGUUCAUCGACUCAGCCGAGAACCGCUUCAAGUUCUCCCGCAUGCUGGACACCAUCGGCAUCAGUCAGCCGCGCUGGAAGGAGCUCUCCGACACAGAGUCUGCGAUGCGUUUCUGUGAGUCGGUGGGCUACCCGUGCCUGGUACGUCCCUCCUACGUGCUGAGCGGCGCGGCCAUGAACGUAGCCUACUCGGACCGCGACCUGGAGAAGUUCCUCAGCAGCGCCGUCGCCGUCUCCAAGGAGCACCCCGUCGUCAUCUCCAAGUUCAUCCAGGAGGCGAAGGAGAUCGACGUGGACGCAGUGGCGUGCGACGGGCUGGUGAUGGCCAUCGCGGUGUCUGAGCACGUGGAGAACGCGGGCGUGCACUCUGGUGACGCCACUCUGGUGACACCGCCCCAGGACAUCAACCAGAAGACCAUGGAGCGCAUCACGGCCAUUGUGCACGCCAUUGGCCAGGAGCUGCAGGUCACCGGGCCCUUCAACCUCCAGCUCAUCGCCAAGGACGACCAGCUGAAGGUGAUCGAGUGCAACGUGCGAGUGUCUCGCUCAUUCCCCUUCGUCUCCAAGACGCUGGGCGUGGACAUGGUUGCCUACGCAACGCAGCUGAUCAUGGGAGAGGAGGUGGAGCCUGUGGGCCUGAUGAAGGGCCAUGGCAUCGUGGGUGUCAAGGUCCCCCAGUUCUCGUUCUCGCGGCUGGCGGGAGCUGACGUGGUUCUGGGCGUGGAGAUGACGAGUACGGGAGAGGUGGCGUGCUUCGGGGAGAACCGCUACGAGGCGUACCUCAAGGCCAUGCUCAGCACCGGCUUCAAGAUCCCCAAGAAGAACAUCCUGCUGACCAUCGGCAGCUACAAGAACAAGAGCGAGCUGCUGCCUACAGUGCAGACGCUGGAGAGUCUUGGCUACAGCCUGUACGCCAGCCUGGGCACCGCAGACUUCUACACCGAGCACGGAGUCAAGGUGAUGGCGGUGGACUGGCCGUUUGAGGAGGAGGAGUCAGAGUGCCCCAAUAAGGAGCGCCAGCGCAGCAUCAUGGACUACCUGGAGGAGAACCACUUCGACCUGGUGGUGAACCUGUCCAUGCGCAACUCGGGCGGACGCCGCCUCUCCUCCUUCGUCACCAAGGGAUACCGCACGCGACGCAUGGCCGUCGACUACUCCGUGCCCCUCAUCAUCGACAUCAAGUGCACCAAGAUGUUUGUGCAGGCUCUGAACCAGAUCGGCCGAGCUCCAGCAGUGAAGACGCACGUCGACUGUAUGACCUCACAGAAGCUGGUCCGCCUGCCAGGGUUGAUCGAUGUGCAUGUGCACCUGCGUGAGCCGGGGGCGACCCAUAAGGAGGACUUCUCCUCGGGCACGGCGGCGGCGCUGGCAGGAGGCGUCACCAUGGUGUGUGCCAUGCCCAACACCAACCCUGCCAUCAUCGACCACGCCACCCUCGCCCUCGCACAGAAGCUGGCGAAGGCUGGUUGCCGCUGUGACUAUGCCCUGUAUGUGGGGGCGGCGUCGGACAAUGCUGCCAUCCUGCCUUCGCUAGCCAGCUCCGCCGCGGGACUCAAGAUGUACCUCAACGACACCUACUCCACACUCAAGAUGGACAACGUCUCGCUGUGGAUGGAGCACUUUGAGAAGUGGCCAAAGCACCUGCCCAUCGUGGCCCACGCCGAGAAGCAGACAGUGGCCGCCAUCCUGAUGGUAGCCCAGCUGUACCAGCGAGCCGUGCACAUAUGCCACGUGGCCAAGAAGGAGGAGAUCCUGAUCAUCCGUGCGGCCAAGCAGAAGGGCAUCCAGGUGACGUGCGAGGUGGCGCCGCACCACCUGUUCCUGUGCGACGAGCAGGUGGGCGCCAUCGGGGAGGGUCGGGCCCAGGUGCGGCCCAUGCUCGGCUCCCGCGAGGACAUGGAGGCACUCUGGGAGAACCUGGACAUCAUCGACUGCUUCGCCACCGACCACGCCCCCCAUGCCGUAGAGGAGAAGAGCAUGGAGAAGGCCCCCCCAGGCUACCCCGGGCUGGAGACUAUGUUGCCUCUGCUGCUGACGGCCGUGAGCGAGGGACGCCUCACGCUUGAUGACAUCAUCCUCAGGCUGUACGAGAACCCACGCCGCAUAUUCAACCUCCCCGCACAGGAGAACACAUACGUGGAGGUGGAUCUGGAGCAGGAGUGGGUGAUUCCGCAGCACAUGCAGUUCACCAAGUCCAAGUGGACGCCCUUCGAGGGCAUGAAGGUCAAAGGUCGCGUGAGGAGAGUGGUGCUGAGAGGAGAGGUGGCCUACAUCGACGGACAGGUGCUGGUUCCCCCAGGUUACGGGGAGGACGUGCGCUGCUGGAAGCCGGUGCUGCCGACGCCCAUAGUGACCGAGCCCCCUAAGGAGCCCCCGAAGACCCCGGAGCGUUCCCGUCUGUCUACUGAGGCCCUCCGCCUGCGCCCCCCCAGCCCCCGCCGCCCCCCCACCGCUGCUGGAGACGCACGCUUCAUCCUGCCCCCCCACACACACCGCUCCUCCGACCCCGGCUUGCCCGCAGAGGAGGACUCGUGCAUCGCAAGGCGGACGUGCGAAUCAGACAUGGCGUCGGUGUCGGGCUCUGCGGACCUGUACCCCCACCCGCCCCCGCUCUCCAGGAUCCUGUCCCCGCAGGCCGGCCAGAGCGCCCCCCUGUCCCACCUGCCCACCUCCCCUCUGCUGCACCCGCUGGUGGGACAGCACGUGCUGUACGUGCGCCAGUUCUCCAAGGAGCAGAUGUCCCACCUGUUCAACGUGGCUCACACCCUUCGCCUGAUGGUCCAGAAGGAGAGGAGUCUGGACAUCCUGAAGGGCCGCGUGAUGGCCUCCAUGUUCUACGAGGUGAGCACGCGCACCAGCAGCUCGUUCGCGGCGGCCAUGCAGCGCCUGGGCGGCUCGGUGGUGCACUUCAGCGACGCUACCUCCUCCAGCCAGAAGGGGGAGUCGCUCGCCGACUCGGUGCUCACCAUGAGCUGCUACGCCGACGUCAUCGUCCUGAGGCACCCCACCCCCGGAGCCGUGGAGACUGCUGCCAAGUUCUGCCGUAAGCCGGUGAUCAACGCGGGUGACGGGGUGGGGGAGCACCCAACGCAGGCCCUGCUGGACGUCUUCACCAUACGCGAGGAGCUCGGCACAGUCAACGGCAUGACGAUCACCAUGGUUGGCGACCUGAAGCACGGGCGUACGGUGCACUCGUUGGCACGCUUACUGACCCAGUACCGCAUCACGCUGCGCUACGUGGCGCCGCGCAACCUCCACAUGCCCGAGGACAUCACCAGCUUCGUGGCCUCGAAGGGCAUCAAGCAGGAGUACUAUGACAGUAUAGAGGACGCGCUUCCCGACACUGACGUGCUCUACAUGACCCGGAUCCAGAAGGAGCGCUUCGCCUCCGAGGAGGAGUACAAGGCUUGCUUUGGCCAGUUCAUCUUGACUCCCCACAUCAUGACUGGGGCCAAGAGGAAGAUGGUGGUCAUGCACCCCAUGCCCAGAGUCAACGAGAUCAGCCCGGAGGUGGAUUCGGACCCGCGAGCUGCCUACUUCCGCCAGGCUGAGAACGGCAUGUACAUCCGCAUGGCCCUCCUGGCCACCGUACUGGGACGAUAAGCCCCGCCCCAUUCCCCUCAGGACACACCCCUCUCCCCUCAGGACACACCCCUCUCCUCCACCAUCCAAUAUGGUACUCCUGGCCAUCGUACUGGGACGAUAAGCCCCACCCCUCCCCUCAGGACACACCCUCUCCUCCACCAUCCAGUAUGGUUCUCCUGCUGGACCGAUGUAUGCCACUGUUGUGGUGUAA